CUCCACCCAUUGGCAAUCAAACUGGCCUGUUUAGUUCCGUUAGGUUGGCAACGGCGUUCUUAACCUAUUUGAAAUGACAUUUGGACGUGUCAUAUGUGAAUACAAUAAUAAGAUCGAAGUGAAAUUUGUUGAUUUUUAAUAUUUUUAAAUUAAAUUUUAUAUUUUUACUAUGCUAGGAUCAACGACACACAACAUGUCCAACAAUGGGUCGUAUUCAAAUGAUAGGGGGGGCGGAAUAGAGCCUGAAUAUGCAGCAGACCCCGCUUCAGGGGGCUUCUUUCACGCAGAUUUCAAAAAGCACGAUGAUCUUAAGGAAAUGCUGGAUUCAAAUAAAGAUAGUCUCAAAUUGGAAGCUAUGAAAAGAAUUAUUGGGAUGGUUGCCAAGGGUAGAGAUGCCUCAAUGUUGUUCCCAGCUGUUGUUAAGAAUGUUGUUUCCAAAAACAUUGAAGUAAAAAAGCUUGUUUAUGUUUAUUUGGAGAGAUAUGCUGAAGAACAACAAGAUCUAGCUUUAUUAUCCAUAUCAACCUUUCAGAGGGCCUUAAAGGAACCCAAUCAAUUAAUAAGAGCUGGAGCUUUAAGAGUUUUAUCCAGUGUAAGGGUAAAAAUGAUCUCCCCCAUUGUAAUGUUGGCAAUCAGAGAUGCCUCAUCUGACAUGUCUCCAUACGUUCGAAAAACAGCUGCACAUGCCAUUCCAAAAUUAUACAGCUUAGAUAGUGAAUUGAAAUCGGAACUGGUGACAAUCAUUCAAAAACUAUUAGCCGAUAAGACAGUGCUUGUGAUAGGAUCGGCUGUAAUGGCUUUCACAGAAGUGUGUCCUGAGAGGGUUGAAUUAAUUCACCAGGUCUAUAGGAAACUUUGUGCCUUGUUAGUCGAUGUAGAUGAGUGGGGACAAGUAACUAUUGUCAAUAUGCUCACCAGAUACGCAAGAAGUCAAUUUGCUGACCCCAACCUUAAUGCCACAGAUAAUCCAGACGCCCCGUUUUAUGACUCGGGGUCCGAUGAAUCAGAAAAGGCAGUUCCUGUAACCUUGGACCCUGAUCAUAGACUUUUGCUGAGGUCCACGCGCCCUCUACUGCAAUCCAGAAACGCCGCAGUUGUGAUGGCUGUGGCCCAGUUGUACCACCACGCUUCGCCUAAGAGCGAGAGCCCUCUGGCGGCAAAAGCGCUAAUUAGACUUCUGAGAUCCCACGUGGAGGUCCAAAGUGUCGUUUUAAACUCCAUAGCUUCGAUCAGCUCUAAGAAUAAAGCUAUGUUUGAUCCUUACUUGAAGAGUUUUUUCGUCAGAACUUCAGAUCCGCUGAACAUUAAAUUAUUAAAGUUGGAGAUUUUGACUAAUUUGACCAGUGAUUCCAAUGUAUCCAUUAUAUUGCGGGAAUUACAGACGUAUAUUUCCAACAGCGAUAAAAAUUUUGUGGCCGCUACGAUUCAAGCUAUAGGAAGGUGUGCUUGUUCCAUUUCAGAAGUAACCGACUCGUGCCUUAAUGGUUUAGUUUCCCUAUUGUCCAACAGAGAUGAAGCUGUAGUAGCGGAAAGUGUAGUGGUUAUCAAAAGACUUCUUCAAACCCAAGCCGCCGAUCCAAAAGAAAUCAUAACCCACAUGGCAAGACUUUUAGAUAGUAUUACUGUAGCCCAGGCGCGUGCCGCCAUCUUGUGGCUGCUUGGCGAACAUUCGAAAACAGUUCCUAGGAUCGCCCCCGAUGUGCUCAGAAAAUUGGCCAAAACGUUCUCAGAAGAGCAUGACAUAGUAAAAUUGCAAGUGAUGAAUUUGGCAGUCAAGUUGUACAUAACUAAUCCCGAACAGACUGAGCUGCUGUGUCAGUAUAUACUAAAUUUAGCCCGGUACGAUCAAAAUUACGAUAUAAGGGACAAGGCCCGCUUAUUAAAGCAGUUUAUCCCCGGUGAAAAUGGCUAUUUGGCCUCGCAGGGCGCCAACAUAUUUUUGGCACCCAAGCCUGCUCCCUUACUGCAGUCACAACUAAAUGAUCAAGAAGAUCUUCAGCUAGGUUCGCUGUCUCAUUACAUUAAGCAGAGGGCGUUCGGUUACGAGCCUUUGCCUCCUUUUCCGGAGCAGCCGCCGCAAGGUGACGUCAGAAACGUCGAGCCAAUCGUCGAGGAGGAAACCAAGCAGAAAAAAUCGGCGUCAGGUAAAAGUGCAUCGCAAAGCGACUAUACGCGUAACGGUAUGUUUUGGGAAUCAGAAAACAGUUCGGGUGGCGAGCAAAGCAGCACUUCCGGCACUUCGGAGUCCAGCAGCAGCGAGGAGUCCAGCGAGGAUGAGGACGAGGAAGAAUCGUCGUCAUCAGAGGAUGAGAAAUCUUCUUCUUCAAGCGAAUCCUCAUCGAGCAGCAACGAUGACUCGGACGGUAGCGAAAACGAGGCGGCGGAAAACUCUAAAAAAAUCAAUCGAACCGCCCCGCGAAAACCGGAAAAAUCCAACUUAGAUCUGCUGCUCGAUCUUGCAAGCGACGACGGCGUGACGUCGGCGCCGGUGAUGACGCCAUCUAUGGGCGGAUUUCUCACGCCGUCCACGCCCAACGAGCAAACUUCCUCGAUGCACGUCACGCAGCCCUCCUUCGUCAACACCAAGCCGCUAGAGCUGCUGAACAGGCUUAACGGCAGAGGCUUAUCCGCCACCUACAGGUUCACCAGGUGCCCGCAUUUAUAUUCGCCCAGCAUGACGAAUGUCAACAUCGUUUUCACGAACACCACCGCUGAAGAUGUCACGGAUAUAAGGCUCGGCAAGAAAAAUCUGGCCUCCGGAAUGGCUCUGCACGAGUUCGCGUGCAUUUCGAAGUUGCCGCCGAAUUGCACGCUCCCUGCCACCUUGGGCGUGGAUUUCAAUGACACAACUCAGCCCGCCAAUUUCGAAAUUACGUCUUCCUUAGGCAAUUUUAACGUCUGCAUUAAACCAACAAUCGGCGAACUAUUAAGACCCCUGAAAGUUCCAAAAGAUCUAUUUAUUGAAAAGCAGGGUAAACUUAAGGGCAUGAACGAAUAUUCCUCCACCUUAUCAAAUUGCAAAUAUAAUUUAGCCGAUAGAAUCUGCGAAACAGCAAACCUCUCGCUAAGCCACGCAGAAAAUGACUUAUACAGAUUCGCCGGUCAAACCCUGACAUCUUCUAACUUAACUCUAGUAACAGUCCAAAAUGCCGAAAAAAUUAAAAUAACUGUAAACUGUGAAAACACCAUAUUUGGAUCUGUCCUGCUCAAUGAAUUACUCAACAGUUUAAAUAAUUAAUUUAUUAUCUUCGUUUGUUUCGUUUUUUAUACAUCUGCAUGUAAAUUUUAAUAAUUUGUAUUUGUUAACAUUCCUUAUGUACAUGUUCUAUUCUAAGCUUUAAAUAUUAUGAAAGAAUUCUUGAUGAUGAGUAUAUUUAUUAAAUGUGUUAUUCCUAGUUUGCGUUUUAUUUUUUUUACGAAAGUCUUAAGGCAGUAAUAAAGCAC